CUUCAGCUCAGGAGGAAGAUGAAAGAUAGUGUCACUGAAGAACAUUUAUAUUUGGGUUUUUCUCAUCAGUACAGAGAUAGUAUCUUUCCUCUUCAUACAUCUGUUUCACUGUUUUUGCUAUCCUACUGUGACUGCAAAUUAUUCAAAAUUUUCUUAGUGCCGACUGGUGAAGAUGUGGAUGAUCAGUUUGUGACAAAAAACCUCCUUGGCGAUUUUGAGGUCCAUUUAAUCUCCAGAUGUCAGCUUCCAGUCGUUGUGCAGAGCUGCUGUUUACCUGCUGUUGUUGUGAAAGAUGGCAAGUUCUGCCGAGCUGGACUUUCUGUUGUCUUAAGGCAUAUAAUACAGAAAACAUAUGAGGCAGAUCCAUCUAAAAAGGAUGUUUUGGAACUUUUAGGCUUUAAGAAGACCUGCUUAAAAGCCUGUGCUGAAGUUAGCCAGUGGACCAGACUUUGUGAGAUCAGCAUACCUCUGGCUGUUGAAGGAUAUUUGACGGCAUCUCCUGAGCACUGUCAGACUAUUCCUACUGAGAUUUUACAGCUUGAAAAGAAGCUUGGAGAACCUGUCCGAGUACACAAUGAUGACAAAAUUCGAAGGCAAAAACUUCAACAACAGAAGGCAGGUGCCAAGGCUGCAGUGCCUGUACUUGGUAAAGAAGCAACAGAGGAACGAAAACCGAUGGAAAUGCAUGAACAUCCACUCCCAAGUUUAGAACUGAGCAUAGCUUUCUCCAAGCUACUUGUCCAGGAAGUAUCAGAUGCAGUCAACAGGGAGGCCCCUCACAUCAGGAGAACAAAAACCUCUGACCUUCCACUUUUGGACCAUGUUUUUGCAGAAGGGCUUUAUUUUACCGUGGCAGAUAUAGUGCUUUUGCCAUGCAUCCAUCAGUUCUUGGUAAUGUCUUGCUUGAAGUUCAGCAAAAAUCUGGUAAAUUUGCCCCUGAUAUCCAGUUGGUAUCAGAGAGUUCAAGAAGUACCUGGAAUAAAGAAAGCUGCUGGCAAAUGCAAUAUGGAGCUCCUCCAGCUUCCAGAGUUGAUGUCUGCUCCAGAGGAACAGCUACAAGACUUCUCUUCAGUUCCUGAUGAAUUAGAAGAGGAGAAUGAAAACAGUCAUUUUAUAGGUGGUCCAAGGCCAACUAUGAGCAAGUUAAUGGAAAAUGGUAUUGAAGCAAAGUUUUCUCCUCAUCCGUGCCCCAACUGGACCAUAGACUGGACCAAUCUACCAUCUGCAGUCAAUCCUGGAGAAG